CUCUCCUUCUACACUAACCUUUCUCACAUUCCCAUAUACCCUCACCAUCCCUCCACUAUUUACACUUCUGCCACUCUUUUUAAAAAACUUAUGUUAAGCUUCUUCUUCCGGUGACCGGCGUCGGAAAAACAUGAAGAACGGUAACAAGAAAGCAACGCCGGAAACAGAAAAGUCUCAUCAUCACCGGAGUCGAAAGCUGUUAUCGGAUAAAGCGAUGUCGUUUCACGGUAGAGGUUCAACGCCGUUAUCUAAUCCAGGUGAGCUACUUCGUAGACCCAAGACGUUACCGGAGCUAUUCUCCUCCGCCUCCGCCGGCGGUGAUAAAAGCUUCACCGGAAAACCGGAUACGGCGUCGUCGUUCCCGCCGCGUCUGACGAAACUUUUGCUAAACGUGACGGUUCAAGGGAGUUUAGGAGCUGUGCAGAUUAUCAUCUCGCCGGAAUCCACCGUGAGUGACUUAAUCGACGCCGCGAUAAGGCAGUAUGUUAAAGAAGCUCGCCGGCCUUUUUUACCGGAAUCUGAACCGUUAAGGUUUGAUCUUCAUUACUCUCAGUUUAGUCUUGAGAGUAUUGGAAGAGAUGAGAAACUGAUAUCGCUUGGAUCAAGAAACUUUUUCUUAUGUGGCCGGAAAAAUAACGGCGGCGGCGGUGGUUCUUCGUCGGAGUCUUGUUCUAAGGAAGCUGAGAAAGCGGCUAAAACUAGUUUUCAUUGGCUCAAAUUUAUCGGUUUCUAGAAGUUUUUAAUACAUUUUGGAUUAUUAUUGUUUUUUUUUUCCUUCCAAAUUUGUUACAACUUCUAUUUAUUUUAGGAAGAAACAUAUUUUAAUUUGGUAAAAAAAUCUGUAUAUAUAAAUCUAAUAAUCAUAAUGAUUUAGUGGUACAUAUAUAAUGUUAUUUUUAUUUAA